AGGCCGAUCUCUCCCUCCCCCUCCCCCUUCCUUCCCCCUCAUGGGAUUUCUAUUUUUUUUCUUCCUUUUUGCAAUUGUCGUGCGCAACCAGCGUGGCGACACGUUUUGCAGCGUCGCGCAGCACGUACGGUUUUCGCGGUCGGGAGCUUCGUGGCUUUAAAGAUAACAGUUUCUUUUUUUUUUUUCGACGUCGGAUCGGCAGAAACCGGUUCGGAGAAGGAGCCACGAAACUCCGAUAGAGAUUACUUACCGGCCUGCACACAAUAUUUGAGAACGUAUUUUUACGACGUCGGCCCAAAAAAAAACGUUGAUUUAUAUAAAACGCAGACAAAUUGAAUUACAUAUAAUUUGAUAUUUAAAUCUUAUAUAGUCAACCAUUAUACGAGAUAAAAGUUGCCGGUUUGUUUCUUUUUUUUUUAAACUCUGAUUCUUUCCUUAAUCUCGAGAUAAUUCAUGAAUGUUGAGAAGGAGAGGGGACAGUUCGUCGUUUCUUAUGUUCUUCUAAUUUUGCAUAUUUUUUGUGAUCAAACUAUAAAUCGGGAGCUUCAAGCGAGGUGUCCCUGAAGUUUAUAACAAAAUUCCGGGAAAUAUUUUUUUCUCAUAAAACAAAGUGUACUUCUGCGUUAAAAAGUUUCUCGUGUUUCGAUCGCACUGAUUAAUUGAUAGUCGUGAACGCUUCGACAUCUCCUAGAAGAAAAAUCGAUUUCAACGCGGCCGAGGAGGAAUCCGUCGUGGUGCUCGACGCCUUCGUAGAUAAUUAUUACCUCCUAAGAAUAAUAAUUAGGUUAAAACUGUCACCGCACAAAAAACAACGAUAAAAACCGUCCGACGGAAGAAGCGCACGUUACGUUCGGGUAGUCGGCAAUUUAUUUACCGCGGCGAUAAGUGCGCAACAGGUUUCCACACACAUUUUGCGGAAGUCGCGCGGUUACAUAAGCGUCAAGUGUCACACUUCCUGGUAAUGUAAAAAAAAAAAAAAAAGAACCAAUAAAAGGAAGAAAAAAGAGAAGGAGAGAUGGAAAAGACAAACGUCGUCCGUCGAGAGGAAAAAGUCUAAUGAAACCAGCAGCCAGUAGUCUCGCACGUGGCGAUAAGGAUUACGAAAUCCGUGAUAACUUGGAAGAAUAAGGAAUAUCGAGAAUAUCAAAAGGACGUUAGACGGGAGAGUUUUUCUCGUCCCGUCUUCGGACGAUCGGCUCGCCCGUUCCGGGGAGAGGGCUUCUUCGGUUUUUCGGACCGGGUAAUUGGCCGGGCGCGUCCGGGCGCAUUUACUCGGGCGUAUAUUCGGAGCGCGAGAAGAGAGCAGGUGCAGGAACUGGUUUGGUGGGAGCCGCCGCCGCCGCUGCUGCUGCUGCUGCUGCUGGUACCUCUCUCGCGGUAUACGUACGUACGUAUGCCGGCACGCCGCCUUUCGGCGUGUAUACGCUGGCACGUUGUCGCACGAGUGUAUUCAUGCCAGUGGCGGGAGUCCCCGAGGGAGGCCGGUGGGGCCUCGUCUCGCUCACUUCGCCGACAAGUGAUCGUUUACAGUUAUAGUCAGUCCGCAUUGGGCGCUCGGCCGGCCCUGACCGUAUCGGCGCACACGUAGCCGCACUCUCUGAUAAAGUCUCGCUCCUCUCGGAUUAUUAUUUUUUUUUUUUUUUCGGAUACGCGGUUUACCACGGAGACUCUCUUCCUUCCUUCCUUUUUUUGAGACGGGAGAUUGCAAUAUUCGAGUAUCGAAAUAACAGUGAGUCCUUCUUUCCUGUCGCGCCCGCCUCUCUCUCUCUCUCUCUCUCUCUCUCCUCUUUAUCGAGACAUUAUUUUUCUCUUUAAAUUUCCUUAUCGUGAUCAAUAAUCGUCGCCGACGUAGCGACGUUGCCGUCUUCGGAAGUUUGGAGUUGACAGCGCGGCGAUCGCGAUCGGCGCGAUUAUUGGAUGACCGUCGAAGCGGGCAGCGGACGGUAAAUCGCGGGCUAAAGUAACGAACGAUGAUUUAGUGGGCAAGAUCAAGUGAGUGUGUCGUGUGAAAGGAAAAGUGUGCGGGAACGUUCGGGCGGCGAAAAGCGCCAGCGUAGUGCGCCAGCGGCAGCGCGGAGUCGCCGCCAGUCUGUCAGCGAGCGUGCACUCGUCGGGCGCUUACACGAGGCACUGAUGGAGAAUAAUAAUCGGCCGACGAGGCUCGAGCUGUGAUUUUGAUCAGGAUAAUGCGAAGCCUGGACAGGCUAUCGGGUAGCGACCAGGACUGCGGUGAUCGGGAAAUGUACAUCGACCUGGACGACGCCUCCGUCGACUCGCUUACCGGGAAACGUACUCGCCACCAUGUCACGGAGGUGGGCGAGGAGAGCGAUAGCAGCGGGAGCGAGAGGAGCCCGAAGCAGGCGAAGAGAAGAAAUCGCGGCGGCGCGCCGCCGACGACGAGGCGACGGAAAAGCGGAAUUUCCGCACGCGAGAGGAACCUGAGGAGGCUCGAGAGUAACGAGAGAGAGAGAAUGAGAAUGCACUCCCUCAACGACGCCUUUGAGCAAUUACGCGAGGUAAUACCACACGUAAAAAUGGAGAGGAAGCUCAGCAAGAUAGAAACGCUCACGUUGGCUAAAAAUUAUAUAAUGGCACUGACGAAUGUCAUAUGCGAGAUGCGCGGCGAGGAACAACCGUACACGUUUGUCGACGGCGAAUGCGGUUCCAGCAGCGGCGACAGUACCGGCCAACUAGAAUUAAGCGGGGGCGAACAGCCUGACGAAUCAUCCCCCGCGUCGAUUCACGAGACCAACAACAACAGUCUUCUUCACGAAGAUCUAGAGCGCAGGAUCUAAGAAAAUUCGAUCUAAGCGACAAGUGUCGAGACACUUGAGUGCAUGCAUACACAGCCACGUACACACGCACACAUACACGCACAGACUCUGUGAUAAACUAUCAUAUUAGUGCCUUUCGUUAGGACCGCGAUGAUUCACUCAUUACUCGCCAUGGAUCUUCGUAGAUCGUCGUACGUUUUCAAAAAAAAAACCUAGAAUAACAAUAAUGAUGAUUCCGCAAUAGAAGAAACGCGAGAUUAUAGGAAGAAGGGAAGAGGCGUGAAGAAAAACAGAAGAGAAAGAGAAAAAUAUAAGCAUAAUAGAAAUACCAUAUAAUAGAGGGAAUGGAGGGGACAAGACAAGAAAAAGAGAAAGAUAGGAACGAUACGUCUUUUUAGAAUAUACGUAAUACACGGGACGUUUCCAAUUUAGCGCAUAAUCCUUUUCAAAGAGACUUCUUAACGAGCCGAGAUGUCCUUACAGAAGAAGUUUCAUAGGAAGCCAUUAUUUUUAUAACUUAAUCUAAUUCUCCCACGCGUGCUAGAGACAUCGAAACAGCCAAACAGCUAAAGCGACAUUCGUCUAAAUUGGAUUGAGAAAUAACGUUUCAUUAAUGUGGUUGAAUCCCUGAAAUUUAAUUCGUCAUUAAAACUGCUCAAUUCUCACUCUCUUUUAACUCAAGAAUUCAGAAUAAUUCAAGCCAAAACAGGUAGCAAAAAAAUUCUUACUGUUGUUACAGAUAGCAAAUCUAUUUUCAUAUCUAGGGCUAAAAGAUAAUGUACUUCUCUAAAUGUCUAAGUAAUGACGCGUUCAGGUAGAACGCGUGUGUCUCGCUGUACAUAUAUAGAAUAUAUAUCGAGAGAGAAAGAGAGACAGAGUGAAAGCGUGAGAGAAAGAGAGACAGAGAGAAAGAGAACAUAUACACAGGAAAUAUUUAUACGGCACAUCAAGUGUACCGAAAAUGACGGUUGUGCAAAUUCACAUUGUGAAUCCUUCUAUCGAUCGUUAAUUUUCAUUUAAUUUAUUCUUUUAUCAACAUUUUCGUCGAUCUAGAUGCAAGAUAUUAUCACGCUUAGUUACAACUGCUCUACUAUUGUUUUACUAUUAUUUUUAUUCCUAUUACUAAUUCUGUUACUAUAUCGCUACACUAUUACUACUACUGCAAUCAUCACUCCUAUUAUUCCUACUACUAUAACUGUAAUACUAUACAAUUAUCAUUCCUAUACAGUACCAUUAUUAUAUGGUAAUUAGGUAUAUUAUAUACUUUUUAUUUCGAUUAAUAUUCUAUUAUUUUUAAAACUUUGAAAAGAUUAUUAUUACUGUUAUUAUUAUUACAUUACACUUUAUUAUUGUUAUUGUAUGAAAUUAAUAACACAUUAUUUUAAUGUUUCCUUUUAGUAAUGUCAUUUGUUGCAACGUGCGUUCUACUCAUAUUUCUCCGUCCGCGAAUUGUCUAAAAGACAAACACUUCAACAUAUUCGCCAAUUGGUAUUAAAUAACCGCAAUAAUUACAUUUAUCAUCUUUAUCGAUCAUCAAUUAGACUUUUAGCUGCAAGCUGUACACAUAAAUAAUAAUUUGUUUGUUGGCCAAUUAGCAAAUACAAACGUAAUUAACAAUGUAAAAUUAAUUGAAUUACAUUUGAUGAUUACCAACAGUUUCAGUUAUAAUUUUACCCAUCUCUGCUUAAAAAAUUAUUAGUCGUUACAUAAGUGAUUUUGCAUAA